CACGUGUUACGAAGAAAUGUUAUUGUCACGUGUCUAACGUAUAAAAUUAUCAAUUUGGCUGUAGGAAAACCGAAGAAAUUAAUUCUAAAAUGAUAUUUAGAUGAACGUGUUUUUUAAUAGUCCUAACUUAAGAUUUUAAUUACGUAUCGCUGAUUAAUAAUUGUUAAGCAUCAGUAAAUAAAAAAAAAGCCACGUUUAUCCCAUAACGUUUCACAAGUUAGAAAAUAUUCCUGCAUAUACUUCUUUAAUUUGAAUAAAAUGCUUGUAAGAAAGUUACAUCUCGUGAGCCGCUUUGGUAUACAUCGAAAUAUAAAGUGUGAAGUGUUAAGAUCCCAUUACAGAUACAUAAAUCAAAGUUUCUGUAAAUUAAAGAAUAAUGGCAUUUAUGAUAUGAUUAGUGCCUUUUCUAAAGAAGCUAAAUAUGACGUUGUGUUACCUUGGGAUGUGAGCCCUCAAAAAUUAGUUCCCCGUCACAUUGAAUGCCCCGAAUAUGCGGAGAGUGGUUUCGUGUCUGAAAAGUCGGCGGAGGUCGAAAUAAAAAAUGAAAGCCAGAUUGCAUCGUUAACGAAAUCUUGUCGGUUAGCCAGAAGUAUUUUGAAUUACGUUAACGAAAACAUAAAGGUAGGAAUGACGACCGAAGAAAUUGAUAAUCUUGUUCACGAGAUGUGUAUUCAAAACAAAGCAUAUCCGUCACCUCUAAAUUAUAUGGGUUUUCCAAAAUCAGUCUGUACGUCUGUAAAUAAUGUUGCCUGUCACGGUAUACCCGACAGCCGUCCGUUAAAAGAUGGCGACAUUGUUAGCGUAGACGUUAGCGUAUAUAUUAAUGGCUACCAUGGUGAUUGUGCUGAAACAUUUGGAAUCGGAAAUGUCGAUAAGAGAGGUCGAAAACUGAUUGAAGUUGCUAAAACUUGUUUAUACGAGGCUAUGAAGAUUUGUCAUUCGGGUCAAUUUCUUUGUGAAAUAGGAAAAAAUAUCAGCAAAACUGCAUCGGCGUCCGGAUUUACGGUCGUACCAGCAUUCUGUGGCCACGGAAUAGGGACUUAUUUUCACGGAGCUCCGCAGAUAUUACAUUACCCAAAUAACGAGAAAGGUGUCAUGAAGACGGGAAUGACUUUUACAAUUGAGCCCGUUAUAUGCGAAGGAAAACCGGAUAUCGUCGUCCUCGAAGACGGAUGGACUGCGGUUACGCUCGACAAUAGUCGCUGUGCUCAAUUUGAACACACGAUUCUAAUUACAGAUAAUGGCGUUGAAAUACUAACAAUUUAACAAUUAAAUAACGUUUAUAUGUAAAUACAUAAAAAAUCAAUGUGAAAAAAGAUUAUACAGGGUGUCCAAAAAGUUACUAUGCCGUGAGAAAUUUGUAACAACAUUAAAGUUACGUGUGUGGCAUGCAAGUUGUAUGUCCCGCAUUUCCA